AGCCGCCCAGGCGGGUGUGAGGCGGCGCGCGGCGCGGGUAUCGCGAUAGUCGCGCGGCCCGGACGCUCCGCUGCCCGUGGGCGCUGCGCAGGUGAGGGCCCGCCGGACGGCUCGGCAGCGAGCGAGGAGGCGCGUCCUGCCCGGCCAGGGAGGCUGCCGGGGCACGGCCAGGGGUGCGCGAGGGACUCGCGGAUUUAAAUUAAGCAAAAAUGGACUGGAGUGGAAAACACAAUGGGCCUAAUGAUACAACCAAUGACGGAACGGUGGUACGACUCCGAGGCCUGCCUUUUGGGUGCAGCAAAGAAGAGAUUGUGCAGUUUUUCCAAGGGUUGGAAAUCGUGCCAAAUGGGAUAACAUUGACGCUGGACUACCAGGGGAGAAGCACAGGGGAGGCCUUCGUGCAGUUUGCUUCAAAGGAGAUAGCAGAAAAUGCUCUGGGGAAACACAAGGAAAGAAUAGGGCACAGAUACAUUGAAAUCUUCAAAAGUAGUAAGAGCGAAAUCAGAGGAUUCUCUGACAUGCCAAGAAGAAUGAUGGGACAACAGCGACCUGGACCAUAUGAUAGACCAUUAGGAGGAAGAGGGGGUUAUUAUGGAGCUGGGCGUGGAAGUAUGUAUGACAGAAUGCGUCGAGGAGGUGGUGGAUAUGACGGUGGAUAUGGUGGCUUUGAUGAUUAUGGUGGCUAUAAUAACUAUGGCUACGGAAACGACGGCUAUGACGACAGAAUGAGGGAUGGGAGAGGUUUUCCAAUAGGCAUGGGAGGACAUGGCUAUGGAGCUGGAGAUGCAGGGUCGGGGUUCCAUGGUGGCGGUCAUUUUGUUCACAUGAGAGGGCUGCCUUUCCGAGCCACGGAAAACGAUAUUGCUAACUUUUUCUCACCACUGAACCCUAUAAGAGUUCACAUUGAUAUUGGAGCAGAUGGAAGAGCUACAGGAGAGGCAGAUGUGGAGUUUGUAACACACGAGGAUGCAGUGGCUGCCAUGUCCAAGGAUAAGAACCACAUGCAGCAUCGGUAUAUUGAACUGUUCCUGAAUUCUACUGCUGGAGGUGGCUCUGGAAUGGGAGGCUAUGGCAGAGAUGGAAUGGAUCAAGGUUACGGCUCUGUUGGUAGAAUGGGAAUGGGUAGCAAUUACAGCGGUGGAUAUGGAACUCCUGAUGGCUUGGGGGGAUACAGUCGUGGCAGUGGAAAUAGUGGAGGAUACUAUGGGCAAGGCAGCAUGGGUGGAGGAGGAUGGCGUGGGAUGUAUUGAAGGAUAGCCUUGCUUCUGCAGAACAUCUUGGAAGAAACAGUCUCUGGUCUACUAGACUUUCUUACAAAAUUUAAUUUCUUUUGUAUUUUAAGAACUUUAUAAUGACUGAAGGAAUGUGUUUUCACAAUAUUAUUUGGUAAGCAACAGAUUGUGAUGGGAAAAUCUGUUUUCUGUAGGUUUUAUUUGUUGCAUACUCUGACUUUAAAUAAAUUUUUAUAUUCAAA